AAAAUAAGUUGCGACUAUCUUUGUGUCCUCUGUCAUUUGACAAACAAGGUCAUUGGUCAUUCCGAAUUUGCUCAGAUCAGACGUUUUCUUAAUAAAUUAAAGUUGAAUUUCCGAUCAUAGAAGAGGUUAAAUUACUCGCCGUUUUGGAGGUUACUAGAUAUUUUUCUCAAUUUAACAACUGUACGUUUUUUAGGCAAAUACCUACAUAAAGACAUCUUAGUUAGAUCCCUAACCUCUGUUCAAAAUUCAUCCACGAUGGGUCUACCAAGGGUAUAUGUUACAAGAAUUAUAAGCGAGCAUGCCACGUUUAUAAUGCACAAAGAAUGUCACGUCAGCGGAUGGUCAGGGUCGGAUCCAGUACCUCCAACCGAACUAGCUGAGAACAUAGAAAAGGUCGAUGGCCUCUUCUGUAUGCUCACCGAUAAAAUCGACAAGGAUUUACUGGAUAAAGCCAAGAAUCUCAAGGUAAUUGCAACUAUGUCAGCUGGAUACGACCAUUUGGAUUUAGAAGAAAUCAAGAAAAGAGGUAUAAGAGUUGGAUACACGCCAGACACCUUGACAGACACAACUGCUGAGCUCACAGUGGGCCUAUUACUGGCAACUUGUCGAAGGUUUAUGCUAGCCAAUGCAGAAGCCAGAGAUGGAAGGUGGCAGGCAUGGUCACCAUUUUGGAUGUGUGGCGGCACUCUGAAAGAUGCGACUGUCGGAUUCUACGGUUUUGGAAGAAUAGGCCAAGCGGUAGCUCGGAGGCUGAUACCUUUCAAAACCAAGCAGAUCCUAUACACAACGAGAAGCGAGAAGCCUGAAGCUCGAGAAUUGGGAGCUUCAAAGGUGGAUUUCGAUUAUUUACUUGGAAAUUCAGACUUUAUAGUGGUUUGCUGCAGUUUGAACGAAGGUACCCGUGAAAUAUUCGAUCUUGAAGCUUUCAAGAAAAUGAAGAAGCUCGCGGUUUUCAUCAACACCGCUAGAGGGGAUGUUGUGAAACAAGAUGAUUUGGUGGUAGCACUUCAGAACAAAAUUAUUUGGGGAGCUGGUUUGGACGUUAUGACGCCUGAACCAUUACCCGUUGAUCAUGAACUGUUCAAACUAGACAACUGCGUUAUAUUACCCCACAUUGGAAGUGCCACCCAGAAUUGUCGCUUGGAAAUGGCCGCAUUAACAGCUGCAAAUAUUGUUACUGCUCUUAAGGGCGAACCUAUGCCCUCAGAACUUGUACUUAAUUGAAUAAUCCUGUGUAACUGUGAAUUAAUAUAGUUUUUUAAAAUGAAA